AUGGAUAAAAUUUAAAGAGAAGUGCAAACUUUCCAAUAUGAUGAUCAAAAUGCAGAAAUGGCUACAGAAGAAUUUAUAAAUUUAUCUCUCUCUGACCACUUCGAGGAGUACCAAUUUGGAUUACAAAAAUUUAAGAUCUAUUUAAAUUUAAAUUAUCCCGAUUUAGAAGAACCAAUUGCAUAAAUAAUAAAGAAGUAAUUAAUUCCUAAAAUGUUAUUUCAUUUAGAAAAUUCUUUUAAUCGUAAUUAAGUAGAUAAACACUUAAGAAAUAUCAUUUUGAAAAUUCUUUCAUAGAAAAUGGCUUAAUGUAAAUUCUAAUUCGGUUGA